CUAAUCAUGACACCCUCCAAGGGUAUAUAAUGAUCAGAAUGGGUGACAUUUUGAUAUUUAUCGUCACCUGCUGGCACAGUACACUUGCGAAUAAUAUGUCUUAUUAUGAGGUUCUGAAUGACGCGUUGGAAUUCUCCGUUAAUCUGUCGAACCCUGAUUACAUCCUCUGGAAGCCCGAGGACUGGUACCCAGAGCUGUGUCCGCCAGAGAUCCCCAAAAAAGAACUACUUCGAGACGUGGACUUUACAAAGGUGGACAAGGAAGCCAGAAAGACAGAGGAUUCACUAAAAGAAAGUUUCCAUCUACUUAUCAAGCAUCUUACUAUUAAUGCUGACACCGAUCUACACAAGUUAAGAUCCAUUUUUGUGUGGAUGGGUCAUCAAGAGGUCGGAUGUCGACAAGAGAAAUCAGGAUGCAAAAAAGGCAGUCCUAGAUAUUACCUACAGGAGGCAUAUGAAGAUAAGAUUACCAUCAGUAAAUUGUUUGCCAAGAUGUGUAGAGUCGCAAAAAUUCCAUGCAUACUUGUGAACGGCCAUGCAAAAGAUUCUACGUAUGACACUGGUGAUGAUUACCUUAGAGAAUGUACCUGGGCAGUUGUUUACGUGGCCGGCAGCUGGCGCUUCGUGUUCCCUCACCGGGCCUUUGUAUCAGCAAUUUACUACCAGAAAGGAAACUGGAGGCUGGUUGAAGAUUCUGGAGGGACUUACAGACAACGAUUCACAGCACGUCCUGGGAGUGAAGUAUCGACUUUUGUUGAUUUCUUCUGGCUGACCGACCCUGACAUGAUGCAAUACAUCUGUUAUACACCAAACAAGGAGUAUCAGCUGUUGCCUGAACCACAGACAAAAGAAAAGUUUCUCGCUUUGCCUUGCUUCAAUCAUUAUUAUUUCUCAUCUGGAUGGUCUCUAAUCGACCCGUGGACAUGCGUGAUCAAGCCUGAACAUGGAUGGUGCUUCAUCAACUUCUGCACUCCUACAGCAAGUUCUAAACUCCAAUACGAACUGUUUUUCGAUGAAAAUCGUUCGAGAACAUCUUUUCCGCAAGAACGACAAACAGAUCGUUAUGUAACCAUAUUGAAGAGGACAAAGCAGUCAAAGUCAAUUAUGGUCAGACUUCCAGUGAUUGGAGCCUAUAAACUUGAGGUGAAUGGCGGUUUAGUAGAAUUUCAGAUUGUUUGUGAGCACGUGCCAUCUGACAUACGUCCCUUGCCGCCAUGUUCAGAGAACGGACAUGGAUUUACGGAAGAAGCAGCCGCAGCUGGUUUGUCUCAGCCUUCCCACACAGAGGGAGUUGUGCCGGUGAAAAGUGGUGAAGAGAUAGACUUUAGUUUUACGGUUAAAGAGGACAUCGACAUUUUAGCCACGCUGGUCCACCAUACUGGGAAACGCAAAAACCUUGAAGUUCAGAGAGAAAACGAGAGAGCGAAAGUUCAUUUCAGAUUGCCGGAAGAUGAACCGAAACCAGAAUAUGCGUUACAAAUCGAUAUCAUCAAAAACAGACUAGCAGAUGAAAGUUCAAAACAAAAAUUCACUAACAUUUUGAGCUACCUGCUGACCAGCGAUGACAAACUGAAUGCCGCCAUUGUGGACAAGGACAAGCAGGAACUUCUACAGUGCUACAACGAACUUUACGACUGGGUUGCCAAGGAUGACGAAAGACUGGUAGAAAAAGUUGCCUUUCGCGUCAAGAUGGCUGAUAUUAAAGAUCCUAUAUUAAAUAGAAAAAUUCGAGAGCAGCAGGCAAAGUUCAGUCGCAUGCGAAAGGAAGUACUUGAGGCGGCGAGAGACAGAAACGUGGAUCAGCUGAAUCUUGCCUUGACACACUGCAUUGCUUCAAACCUUAAUGACAGAGGAGACGUAGAAGAUGGCAAAAAAGUAUUAUUGGAAUUAUGCAAGGAAGAUGUAAAACAAGCUCUUAAAAAUCUUCAGGCCAACGAACUUCAUAAAAGCCUGGAUAAGGCAGCCAAGACCUGCAUUAGUGAAUUGGUGCGGGAACAAGCCUGGUUCAAGAAAGGGCAAGAAGCACACCCGAGACUAGAGGAGCUCCAAAGACGAAGACAGGAUCUACGGUCACUAAGGGGUGAAGAGAAAGCCAACAUGAUUAAACCUCCAGACUAUAAGAUUGCUGUUCUUUUUGCCACCUAUAUCCUGCUUGGAGAAAGUCCAAAGGAACUUGAUACGUGGCAAAAAAUCUGGCAAAAACUGAUAUCAAUGGGAGAAGAUGUACUGUUUGCCAGGGUGAUCCGUUUUCCCGACACUAAUUUGGUAAGAAGUCGUGUGGAUCUUGCAGAAGAGAAGUUAAAAAAUUGUGAGCUUGGCAGUGAAGAUGUCAUCAAACGCCUUCACUCGUGGUGCUUGGAAAGGAUUGCGAUUUUCCGGCUGAGUCAGGAGAUCAUAGACUAACUUCGUAAAAUUCAAGGGUUAGCAAAGGGUCAAAGUCAAGACUAUAAGUCUUCUUCUCUGGUUUUGCUUUCCUGCUUUGCACCAUCGAUGACAAAUUGAGAACUACCUUGAGUUCAGGAGACUGAUCAUUGACCAAUAAUCAAUGCUUACAACUAAUUAUUUAACAGUUUUAAAUUUUUAAAACAUUUUCAACGAGGAUCUCAGUUGUAUGCCAGUCUGUUGGUAAGGUCUGCUAGUGUCUGCAAAGUGUAGGCUACAAAUAGACCUUUCAUUUGAAAUGGAGUGUGAUGGUCGCUGAGGUUUCUAUGCAUGAUGCUCUCUAUGAUGAUGAACAGCACAAGUGAUAGGAGCAUCAUUGAUGGACACCUUCUCUCACAUCAAUGUCCACCAAGAUCAGUGUGACAAAUUACCCUUCAGCUUUGAAAUGAAGCUGAUGAAAAUAAGUAUGUUGCUAUUGUUGUGUAAUCUUAUCAAACGUUUUUACACUGUAUACCUUGAUCAUUAUUCAAAUGUCUACGGUCUGCCAGCUUACUUUUAUUUCUGCGAUGUUGAUGGCUGCAUAAAACUUUUACUCAAGAUUAAAGACAUUAUUGAAUGAUGUCAAAUGGCCUGCUAUAUUAUUAUACAAACAUUUUUUGGCAUUCUUUCAACGCUUUCCUAUCGUUGUAUGUACCAAAUACAUUUUUGUGGAAGAAGAGAGCAUUCCUGGACUGUAUACUGCGAUUUAUUUUGAAGUAUAUUUUAGAUUAGACCACACAGAGAUCGGAUACUGACCUCUGUUUACUACUCAGUGUAAACACAGAGCACGUGACAAACAUUUCUCUAUCGUGACUGAAUGUUCAGAAGACAUGCUGUAGAUAAAGUUCCCAGGCUCCAUUGACUAAUUUGAACUUUAAGUGAGUUUGUUUAUUAUUAUAUCAUCCUGCAUUACAUUUAUUAACAUGUACAAUGUCUAAGACAAAUCUGUUGUUGGAAAUAUAAAUCUGGUCGACGACAGGUUUUUUGUGAGUGCAUAAAGAUUUAUUAAACUGAAGGUAG